UCUUCGCUUAAUUUUGUUCUCCUUAAUUUUCUAUUUAAAUUGAUGAUUUCUCGUGUAUUUUUUAUUUAAAUUGUACUUCUAUAUUUGUUCCAGAGAUUCUGCAUUUUAUCUCUGCUGGAUGAUAGAUUCGUUUUUUUAUGUUUUUCGGUUGUUGAUUGCGUGAAAUUGAGCUGUAGAGCACUGCGUUUAGCUGACAGAUUAUUAGUUUCCCGCCUCAAUGCAGAUUUACCCGCCAUUUUGAUCGACUUGAACUAGCCGACCCUCUGUUGUAGUUUAAAUUUACUUGGCUUGUGAGUCUUGUGGAAGAUUGAUGUGCUUAUAAUGCGGUUGUGUCCUUGGUCGUAUCGGUUGAUAUUCGAUUUCUGUUUGUAGAUCAGCGGAUGAAGAGAUAUGGUUUACUUGUAUUGAGCUUUUGUGAUCGAUAUAACUUAUAGUAUACAACUGCAGUUUUCAACUCUGAGCUUCUUCUGUGUGCUAGCAUCAGCUAAGUUUUCAAGAUUACCUCUAGGAAUAUGUGUUUCCUAAUUGAACUAAGAUUUGAAUAAAGCUGAUCGUCUAUUGCUGUUUUACUAUUGCUUGUCCGUGUGCAUGCUGAUUCGGUCGAUAAUUUUUGAAUCUUUGUGUCUGGAACAUCUAUCAUACUUAUUUGGUUCAUUUUUUUAUCAUGACAAAGAGUUCGAUUUAUUUUAUAGUGCUUUUAAUCCAAUAUCUAGCAGGUUAUUACAUCUGCAAAUGACGUCAAGGAGACCCAAUACUUCCCGUCGCUUUACAGAUAGUGGUGUUCCCUUUAUGGGCGCAUUGCAUCACAAGUCUCGUCCAUCCCCUCUACUAUCUAUAGGACUCGUUGUGGUGGGAGCAUUGCUCAUUGUUGGGUAUAUGUAUCAUGGUUCAGGUGGCAGGAGUAGGGAUAUUGCCGCUUUGAAUCGACUCGAGGGUGGGGUUUCCUGUACUCUAGAACUUCAAAGAUUGAUACCUAUCCUUAAGAAAUCAUAUGGUGACAGCAUGCGGAAGGUACUGCAUGUUGGCCCAGAAACAUGCUCAAUAGUCUCUCAAAUAUUAAAAGAAGAUGAUACUGAAGCUUGGGGUGUAGAGCCAUAUGAAUUAUAUGAUGUUGAUGCCAACUGCAGGAGCCUUGUGAGCAAGGCCGUUGUACGUGUGGCUGAUAUCAAGUUUCCCCUUCCAUACAAGCCCAAGUCAUUUUCUCUUGUUGUUGUGUCAGAUGCAUUGGAUUACUUGUCACCAAAAUAUCUUAAUAAAACUGUUCCGGAUUUAGCGCGAGUGGCAUCUGAUGGCUUAGUUUUAUUAUCUGGUUAUCCAGGUCAUCAAAGAGCUAAAUUGGCUGAGCUGUCCAAGUUCGGACGCCCUGCCAAAUUCCGGAGCUCAUCAUGGUGGAUUAGGUUUUUCAUCCAAACCAGCUUAGAAGAGAAUGAAGCUGCGAACAAGAAAUUCGAACAGGCGACAAAGAAGCAAUCUUACAGGCCUGCCUGCCAAGUUUUUCACCUUAAACCCUUGCAGUAAUGGAACCAUCUAGCAUGCAUGCUUCUUAGUUCUUACACUGUUAAGUUAUUGUAUGUUGUUAAUCUGUUAUAGUAUACGUACACGAGACAUUGAUCUAUUCUUGAAUUCAAAAUUUUGUUUAUCUUAA